GGGCGUGGCAAGCAUAUUUUUAUGUUCUAUUGUGCUGGAAGGACAGACAUGUUUAGUUUUGAGCUUAACAAGCCUCGCCGAUCAUCAUUGUGCCUCAAGAAGAUGAAAGGAAAGGAUGUGUUGUUCAGCUCUGGAGACCAUAGCAAUUAUACACGUAACGGUAGCAUGCAUUAUUAUGCCCAUUGCAGGUGGGAACGGCGGGCGAUUUCGUAUGAUUAAAGUCACAGUACGAAAACAAACUUCGAAGAAGGAUACUCCUUCAUACUGUAUAUCGCAGGUGGUUGUGCAUAGUUUUUACUGUUUGUCCGAAAAGGCAACAUCCACUGAGCAUGCAGAAAUUUCAACAGGUUACGGAGUGAGUUUCUGGGAAUGAGAAGAAGAGCGUAUGCGAAACAAACUUGAGCUUGGUCCCGGAACAUUUUCAGGAAACACGAUUUUAUUAACUCUCACCUCGGCCACACUGGCUUAAAGAUGGCAUUUGACUGUAUCGAGAAAAUCAUCAGGUUGUUCUUCUUCAACUACGGGGGUUUCAUCGCGCGACACCCGAUCCCCUUUCUGCUGGUGCCGCCACUGCUGGCAGGGGCACUGGGGGCUGGGAUGGUGUUUCUAACAAACGAAAAUAACUUGGAGAACCUGUACACACCGGAAAACGGCCAGGCCAAGACGGACAGAAACACGGUGGACACACUGUUUGCAAAACACGGUGACAAUGACACGUUGGUGUCACAUCUGUUGAAUAUUGGUCGAGAGGGGAGCGUGACCAUACGCCACAAGGAUGGACAGAACAUCCUGACCCAGGCUGCCAUGGAUGACAUUUUAGAUUUACACGAACAGAUCAUGAAUAUCCGAAUAACCCUUGACAACCAGGAAUACAGAUUCACCGAUCUCUGCGUGAAAUGGGACGGUGUUUGUAACGAAAAUGCCAUACUGGCUGCCUAUGAUUAUAACUCGUCUAAGGUUCCGUCGACCACCCUGACAUUUCCCCUCUAUACAUCAUCAGCUGACAACGCCGUACCUUAUUUUCUCGGUGGAGGACUAGGCGGAGUGACUUUUGUAUCAGGUUCUCAAGAUGAUGUCCUCUCGGCUGAGGUCAUUCAGUUGUCCUACUUCUUACGAUACGAAGACAGCGUGGAGAACCAGCGGAGCGCCUUAUGGGAGGAAACGUUUCUGGAAGUGGCUGAAGCUUUUACAUCAUCAGUCAUCACAGUAACUCGCGAGGUGUCGAAUUCCAUCGAGACUGAGCUAGACGACGCUAGCUCUGGAGUCAUCAAGGAUUUCACAGUGACAUUCACCAUAUUGAUCACGUUCAGCGUGUGCUCGUGUGUGAUGCUAGACUGGGUGCGUAGCAAGCCUUGGUUGGCGAGCUGUGGUGUCCUGUCUGCAGGGCUGGCUGUGUUGUCCACAUUCGGUCUCAUGAGCUAUAUUGGUGUACCCUACAUUAAUGUUGUAGGCUCUUCACCAUUUCUCAUAAUCGGCAUUGGGGUGGAUGACAUGUUCAUCAUGUUGGCUGCUUGGCGACAGACUGACGUCAGAUGGUCAGUGGAACGACGCAUGCGCCAUGCCUUCUCUGAAGCUGCCAUGUCUAUUACCAUCACGUCCAUUACAGAUGCACUGGCCUUCGGAAUCGGCGCUAUUACGUUCUUCAGAUCCGUCCGUAUAUUCUGUAUGUACACGGGUGUGGCCGUCAUCUUUGACUACGCCUAUCAGAUCACUUUCUUCGGCGCCUGUAUGGUGCUGACUGGUCGACGCGAGGCAACUAACCGACACUGUAUGUCCUGCCUCAAAGUCCGACCUAAGAGUGAGUCUACGUCUACAGCCUACACCUUAUUCUGCGCUGGUGGUUCGUCCCAGCAACCCACUGACAGGGAGGGUGGGGACACUAACGACCACGCCCUCAUGCUUUUCUUCAAGAAUUACUACGGCCCGUUUAUCACGCGUUGGUGGGUGGUGAUUCCGACAAUAUUACUGUUUCUGGGCUACCUGGGCACCGCCAUCUACGGAUGCACCCAGGUUCGCGAAGGUCUGGACCUCCGUAAUCUUGCCAGGGAUAACUCAUUCGUGGCCGCUCACCUGGAAGCUGAAAACAACUUCUUUUCUGAGUACGGUCCACCUGUGGCACUCGUGUUCACAGAGCCCAGAGACGUGUGGAAUCCGCUGAUACAAGACCUCAUGGAGGAGGUACUUGUAAAGAUGGAAGAGAGUGAUUACACGUACGAUAAGGAUCACAAUCUGACCGUGUCCUGGCUGAGAGACUAUCUUGACUUCCUGGACGCAAUCCACUUCAGAAAUCCCACCCAGGCUCAGUUCAUGGAUAUUCUGCGCAACACCUUUCUAGAGAUCCCAGCGUUCCGGAGGUAUGUGCUUGACAUCACCUUCAGUGAUGACAACCGGACCAUUGUGGCGUCACGAUUCUUUGUUACUUCCAAGAACCUGGACUCAGAGGACAGGAAGAGAUUCAUGAUGACGGACUUGCGGCGCAUCGCAGAGGAAGCUGAUCUACCAUCCAUUGUGUACCAUCCGCUUUUCAUCUACUAUGAUCAGUACCUUGCGAUAUUGCCUAAUACCUUCCAGAACAUCGGUAUUGCCAUAGGAGCCAUGUUCAUCGUGUCUCUGGUGAUGAUACCUCAUCCAGUAUGCGCCAUCCUUGUCACUCUGUCCAUUGUCUCAAUCGUCACAGGGGUGAUUGGACUCAUGACUCUCUGGCAAGUCAACCUGGACUCCAUCGCCAUGACCAACCUCAUCAUCUGUAUUGGUUUCAGUGUGGACUUUUCAGCCCACAUCUGUUAUGCCUACACAUCGACCAACACAAAAUCCCGUCGUGACAGCGCCAUACAUGCCCUCUACUCCCUUGGCAUGCCGAUCGUUCAAGGAUCCCUCUCCACCAUACUCGGCCUGUUGAUCCUCUAUUUUUCGGACUCUCACAUCUUCCGGACUUUCUUUAAGACCAUGUUUCUCGUGAUCUCCCUGGGGGCGCUUCACGGCCUUCUCUUCAUCCCUGUCGGCCUCAUGCUGGCAAUUCCAGUGGACACUCGCAAAAUGGCGUACGAGAAAGAGAACCCACGAGAUUGCCGUGACGUCGAGGGCAGAGGCAUUGUCACUGUGUCUCAGCACUCACACAACAACAAUCUGUACCCAAUGAAUGGUCUGACGAAUCGCCAUAUGUAUCAGCCGACAUGAUGGCCCGUACGUUAAUAGUGGAUACAGAGAUGGUUUCCUGCCCUCACGCAUUAAUGAUAGACACGAUUUUCUGCCACAAAAUAAAAACUGGAUAAGCUGGGAACUAUCUUAAGAUUUUUUUAUCUGGUAGAGGAUGUUAAUGUUAGGCCCCAACUACAGUCCCAACUAGUAUAGUCGAGAAGCUCCGGAUUUAUUGUUGACAUCAUUUUGGGACUAUGCAUGUAGAGUCGAACCCUGAUACGAAGAGCAAUGUUGUUACAACAUCCUGCUUAUAACAAGGAACAUGUUAAGCUCCAAGACUAGUCUUUGUUUUUCUUUCUUUUCCAUUACUAAUAAUACAAGGUACCUGUUAUAAAAAGGUAAUUUGUAAAGUCCCAUUGACCUUGUCAUAAAGGUGUUCGACCAAGGACCUUGUUAUAAAGGUGUUCGAAUGUAGAUUGAUUCGGAUGUCACGGCGCAAUCUUCAAGGGUGUUUCAAUAGGUGCAAACGGAGGUAGUAAUGAAAAGCCAAGUACCAAGUUGCUUUUCUUGUUUUUUUUGUUACGCCUAAUUUACUUACAACAUACAUUCAGUCAUUGAACUCGGCUAACUCAUUAUCCCUGAGAAACGUGCAAUGAACCUCUAGGGGCAAAAAUACAGUCCCGAAAUUGUGUGUGGAUAUUAGUCACGUAAUGUUUUCUUCAAAGCGAGCAUUUCAUUUAGUACACCAAGAGGUGAAUUGUGUAGGGUCGCCGCGUGCAAGGAUUGUACAUGUGCUACAAUCUGCCGUUAUAUUGGAAUAAUGUCUAUGAGUAAUAUGUCUGCGAGGGGAAAAAACACACACACACACGUAUUUGCUGGACAGGCAACUUCAUUGGAUUUUAACCUGUUUCACCCUACCAUUUAUUUUUCAGUAUUACUUGCUAAAAAGUGACAAUUUAUCUAAGAUUAUGUCUUGAGGCUAGGCCAAACAAAAAAAGUCUCCGGUUUCUGGUAUGGAGCUUGCCCCAAAAGUGGUGCGGCGACGCGUUUUUUUUUCUCUCCUACUUUUUUUUUCUUCAAAUAUCGUCUGAUGUUGCAAAUGACGCUUUGAUCCCCUUAAAACUCUCAAAAAUAUCCUUAAGGGUGGACCUUGAGGUGACCUCAGUGAGGCCAUAAGGCUUGAGCAUUCUGCACGCACUUACGAUCUCGACCGACACGAACAUUCUUCGGGAAAUUUGGAUAGUCAAGACAAAAAUCAGAGAGAACGGUAACGUCAGAUCAUACAUCGACAUCGUGCAUGUGCUGCGAGGCUGGUCAUUAGUCUGCUCACUAUUAUUGCGCUAAUUCUAAAAGCGU